UACAAAAGCUUAGUUCGCAGCCACUUUGAUUAUAGUGCAAUUGUAUACAUGAACAUAAGCCCAGUUCUAUUGAAAAAAUUAGAUGUAAUACAAAAUAUGGCGUUACGCAUUAUUAGUGGUGCUAUGUGUACAACUCCUAUAAAUAAUAUGGAAGCAGAGACUUGUAUACAACCUUUAUGUAUAAGGCGUUUAUUUGCUACAGAGAAAUUCUGUUUAAAAGUCUUAGCAAUAAAUAAUGAUAUAGUUAGUAGUAGGAUCUGUUUACCUGAGGUUCUGCAAUCGUCCUUACAAACAACUCCUUAUGUUUCGGCAGCGGAUAUCCUUAACAGUCAAUAUCCUUUAAUCACCCGGGUUAUGGGUUUUGUCACUGAUUUGUCUGGAAAUAUGCACAAGAGUCAGUUAUGGCCAGUAUAUGAAUGUAAAUAUGAAGCAUUAAUAUGUAAACUAAAUGUAGAUACUAGUUUUAUUCUAGAUGAAAUAGAUUUUAAAGAAUAUUGUUCUAAUAAAACUAAUAGUUUAUAUUUGUACACAGAUGGGUCAAAGUCUUUGAAUUCUGUUAAGUCUGGUUAUUAUGACCCUCAAAAUAAGACAACUAAAUGUUUUAACUUGGAUCAAAAUUGUAGUAUUUAUACAGCAGAAGCAUAUGCAAUUUAUCAAACUCUUAUGUAUGUACAAAACUUGAAUAAUAUUGAACAAUACAAUGAAAUAAUAAUAGUUUCUGACUCUAAAAGUGUACUAUUAUCAUUACAAAAUUUCAGUUUUAAUUAUAAGGUCAAUUAUAUUGUGUAUAAGAUUAGAAAUAUUGUAUAUAAUCUCAAUAUAAAUGUGACUUUUAAAUGGGUACCGUCUCACAGAGGUAUCAAAGGCAAUGAAGUGGUUGACAAAGCAGUCAAUUCUAAUCACGAUGAAGAUCAUAGCAACAUAUGCAAGAUUCCUUUUACCGACCUAUACACGAAUUUAAAGAACGAUAAAAGACGACUAUGGAAUGAAUAUUACAAGGAUGUUUCGAAAAUGAAAGGAAGAUGGUAUGCAGAGAUCCAAAAAGAACUUCCAAUCAAACCAUGGUAUCAUAACCAUAAGGAUGCCAAUGAGCGAAAAUAUAUAACCACAAUAAAUCGCCUGAGAUUUGGACACUGCCAAACGCCUGCCCAUUUACAUCGCAUGAAGAUAACUGACAAUAACAAAUGCACUUACUGUGAAGCUGAUGGGGCAGACUUGACCCAUAUUAUUAUGAGAUGUCCCAAAUUUAAUAUGCAGAGACUAGCUCUUGUGGCUGAUAUACGAGAAGCUUUGAAUACAGAGGAGGAGGAGAACGAGACCACGAACACUUCGGCUUCGGAUGCCUUGGAAGAAACGGUUGAAUCGGUUGAUUCAAACUUGAUGUCAAUGCCUGAUUUGCCUGCACAGAUAAUGACAGCUGACACCUGUCAUCCUCGGAAUGCUGUACCCCGCCGCGUUCAAGAUAUUUUAGCAAACCAAAAACUGUAUAAGUGUUUAUUUAAUUUUAUAUCAACUACUGUUGAACAAAUUUAAUAUUGUUGUGUUUUUAUCUGUAAUUAUUUUAGUUUAGUUUAUUAUUUUCUGUUUUUAUUGUAUGUUUGUAUGCCUAUGGACUUGUUUCCGGCGAAUAAAUGAUUUAAAAAAAAAAAAAAAAUCCACUUCAUUCAUACAACAUACAAUAACAAUGAUAAAACAAAAUUACAAAUGGAAUUUCCUUAUUUAAAUAGAUAUUUGUGCACUAAAUACAUAAUAAUAUGACAAAGAAGAAGAAGACGUUGCGUGUCACCGUAUAGCCAAGGAAAUAUCUUGUGAAAGUUUUAACUCAAGGCGGAAAUUUAUUGAAAAAAUACUCAACAUAACCUACAAUUAACAGUGAAAUACUGAAAAUAUCUUGUACCGUGAUAAUAUUUCUGAAUAAUAAGUGCAAACCCAUACUCUAAGAUCGUGCUUUCAACCACAUACUUAAUACAAUUCCAUAAUCAUAUCGAAAUCCAAAAGUUCGUAAGUCGUAAGUGAUCAUAGUUUAGGUGUGUACUUAUUAGACUCAUGCAUUGUAAACUCUAUAAACGAUUACUCGUAAUGUAUUAAUCAUAUUAAAAGUUGAA